UGGUUCAAUAAUAGAUGGUGUGUGGCGGAAUGGAUUCCGACCACAACCAUAUCAACGGGGAUCUCGCCCAUGGCUUCGAGAACAUGGUGUGCGUCCGUUGUAAUGAUGGUUUUUCGAUGCAAGAUCAGAUGGUGAACUCUUCCGGGCAAGUAUGGCAUUCGGAGUGUUUUGUAUGUGCUCAAUGCUUUGAGCCAUUCCCAGACGGCAUCUACUUUGAGUAUGAAGGACGAAAGUACUGCGAGCAUGACUUCCAUGUUCUGUUCUCACCAUGUUGUGGAAAAUGCAACGAGUUCAUCGUUGGACGAGUGAUUAAAGCAAUGAAUGCCAGCUGGCAUCCGGGAUGUUUCUGUUGUGAGAUUUGCAAUAAACAGUUGGCCGAUGUCGGAUUUUUACGGAACGCUGGACGAGCUCUCUGUCGCGAAUGUAACGAACGGGAAAAGGCAGCAGGUCAUGGACGAUAUGUGUGCCACAAAUGCCACGCAAUGAUUGAUGAUGGACAACACAUCAAAUUCCGUGGAGAUUCAUUCCAUCCUUAUCACUUUAAGUGCAAACGUUGCAACAAUGAAUUAACGACAGCUUCUCGUGAAGUAAACGGAGAGCUCUACUGUCUCAGAUGCCACGAUACCAUGGGUAUCCCAAUUUGUGGAGCAUGUCACAGGCCGAUUGAAGAGCGUGUCAUCGCGGCACUCGGCAAGCACUGGCACGUGGAGCACUUUGUCUGUUCCGUCUGUGAGAAGCCAUUCUUGGGACAUCGUCACUACGAGAGAAAGGGACUUCCAUAUUGCGAACAGCACUUCCACAAGUUAUUCGGAAAUCUUUGUUUCAAAUGCGGAGAUCCAUGUUGCGGGGAAGUAUUCCAAGCUCUUCAGAAAACGUGGUGUGUCAAAUGUUUCUCCUGCAGUUUUUGUGAUAAGAAACUUGAUCAGAAAACGAAAUUCUAUGAAUUCGAUAUGAAACCAACAUGCAAACGAUGUUACGAUCGGUUCCCCACAGAAUUGAAAAAGCGCAUCUCAGAAAGCUUAAAGGACCGCGACGUUGAAAAUCAAAGAAGAUCGAUGAGUCCUGGACCAAAAUAAUAAAAAAGAAAGAAAUAAAGGAGUCCCCGUAAUUCAUCAAUUUCCAUUAAAGAAGUAAUACUUUCCAAAUGCCAUUGCUCAUUUCUCUUUCCCAUUGUUUUUAAUACCUUGGUGCUAAAAAAAAACAUCGUGAAAAUUGUUAUCAAUCCGUUUUGUCUUUUAAAUGCCUUAUAUUUCAAAACUAUUUUUCGGUCACACAAAAAUGUCAUUGUACUCAUUUCUAGCUCCAUAAUUGUCCUUCCCCUUCCCUUUCCCAGCUACUUUUUGAUUCAGAAGCCUUCUGAAAACAAUCAUAACUUUCGACCAAAUUUUUUGUGUUCCUAUCCGCAAAAACUUUGCAUCUUUUCUCGGGUGUCAUUAUUGCAUAACUUGAUUUCUGAAUUUUUGUACUAUUUUUUUGUUCAGAAAAAAAAUAUUGACUGUAUUGAAACAAAAUCGUAUUGUAAUAUUG